UCGGGUAAUCUCGUCUACUUUGUGUUCUUCAAGUACCGUCUGGAGUACCACAGCAUAGUCGAGGCAGAGGUUGCUUUGCACAGUAGUGUACAGAUACCUGAGAAUACAACAUCAGCAACUGUACUUGGCAGGAUGGCGGCAGAUCAGAAAGAGCCGUUUAGAUGGAAAGAAUAUUAUCAGUUGUUUGAUCCAGAACGACGAGAUGCUGAACACUACAAACCUAGUGAGAUAGCUGCCAGAAUCACGAAGCAACCAUUCAACGUUUGCCUACAUAGGUAG